CCAGCUCUUUCCCGCUGCCCCGGCACCUCCCCAGGAUGUCCUACUACUACGAGCAGUGCAAGCAGCCCUGCCUGCCCCCUCCCUGCCUGCAGAAGUGCGCCAAGUGCCCGGAGCCCUGCACCACCCAGUGCGUCGAGGUCUGCCAGGCCCCUUGUGCCACCCAGUGCGCCACCAGCUGUGCCACCCAGUGCGUGGAGCCCUGUGCCACCCAGUGCGCCACCAGCUGCGCCCCGCAGUGCGUGGACGUCUGCGCCCCGCAGUGCGUGGAUGUUUGUGCCAAGCCCUGCUCCAGCCAGUGCGUGGAGGUCUGCGCCCCGCAGUGCGUGGACGUCUGCCCCACCCAGUGUGCCACCAGCUGUGCCCCGCAGUGCGUGGACGUUUGUGACACCCAGUGUGCCACCAGCUGUGCCCCGCAGUGCGUGGACGUCUGCCCCGCCCAGUGCCCCGCCCAGUGCCCCGAGCCCUGUGUCACCAAGUGCGUGGAGAAGUGCCAGGCCGAGGUUUGCAACACCAAGUGCGUGGAGUCGUGUGAGGCCGUGUGCCUGGAGCCCUGCUCCCACCCCUGCUGAUCCCGACGCGGGCCUGGCCCCGCGGGGCGGCUCCGGUGACCGGUGAGGAGCCGAACCCACGGGUUCUGGAUGGAAAACACGGCACAGACCCAUCGGCAACGCAUCGAGGCCUCUCCUGCUCGGAUCGUCCCACGCUGUCUUCGUCUUGGAAAACGUUUUGUGUCUGAGUGUUCCCUGUGUUUUCACUUCUGCUUGUGCCAGCGUUUUUUCUUGGGCAUUCCUGAUAUUUUAGCAUUGGGAAUCCCAGGAAGCGCUGUCAGCAGCUGGUGGUGGAAGAUGUCAAUGCUUUUCCCCCUCCU